CGCGGGUGUUUCAUGCUUUUUGCAGAGUUUUUUUUAUCUGCUAAUUCAGAAGGGCCGCUUUGCUCGGCAAGCGAUGGUUAGAGAAAAGCCAGGAAAUCCGGUGAAGAUGGGACCUCUUUGAUCCUGUAGUUGUGAAGCAAAUCUUUUUCAUUCGUGGUUGAGCGUUGAGGGUGAUGGUUUAGGUCUAGACUCUGUUUCCUGGAGACCUUUGAUGGUCAGGUUGCUUUCUUUUAACAAAAAGGAUCUUACGGUCCGAUUUGAUCAUGGUUAAACCAAAGCCACUGUUGUUGAAGUUGUUAAAGUUAGCUGGUGCAGAAAAGGACACUUUUACUAUGAAGGAGGUAAUAUUCUAUCUUGGACAAUAUAUUAUGUCUAAACAAUUAUAUGAUGAAAAACAGCAACAUAUUGUACACUGUGCAAAUGAUCUCCUGGGGGAUUUAUUUGGAGUAGCAAGCUUUUCAGUAAAAGAACACAGGCGACUGUAUUCCAUGAUUUCCAGAAAUCUGGUAGCAAUCAACCAACAAGACUCUACACUUGCUGACCCACCUGAGGAGGAUGCCAGAUUUCAGCUUGGAGAAGAAAAUGUUCUGAAGGAAUCCAUGCAAGAGUUGGAAGAGAAGCAGACUUCAUCAAACGUGACUUCCCGACCAACUACAUCUUCUAGGAGGAGACAACACAGUGAAUCUGAAGAAAACUCUUCAGAUGACCUGCAUAGCGACAGAAGAAAGCGACACAAGUCAGACAGCAUUUCGUUGACGUUUGAUGAAAGUCUCUCAUGGUGCGUAGUCAGCGGUCUGUGCCGUGAAAGAAGCAAUAGCAGUGAUUCAACAGAUUCUCUUUCCAUUCCUGAUCUUGAUGCCAGUUCACUAAGUGAAAACUCUGAUUGGUUUGACCACAGUUCUGUUUCAGACCAGUUUAGUGUAGAAUUUGAAGUUGAGUCUAUUUAUUCAGAAGAUUAUAGCCAUAAUGAAGAAGGACAGGAGCUUACAGAUGAAGAUGAUGAGGUGUAUCAGCUAACUAUUUACCAGGAUGAAGACAGUGAUGCUGACUCAUUUGAUGAAGAUCCAGAGAUUUCUCUAGCUGAUUACUGGAAGUGUCUGGAAUGUAACGAAAUGAAUCCUCCGUUACCACGACAUUGCCACAGAUGCUGGGCCCUUCGGGAGGACUGGCUUCCAGAUGAAAAGAGUGAGAAAUCAGUAAAGAGCAAGUUAGAAAGCUCCCUCCCCCUGGAGUCCGAAGAAGGUUUUGAUGUUCCUGACUGCAAGAAAGUGAAAAUGACUGAAGAUAAAGAACCAGCUGCAGAGGAGAACGAGGAGAAAGCAGUACAAACUUCCGAGUCCCAGGAAAGCGAAGAUUAUUCUCAGCCAUCGACAUCGAGCAGCAUGUUCUGUAGCAGUCAGGAGGACUAUAAGGAGCCCGAGAAGAGAGAAAUGCAAGACAAAGAGGAAGGCGUGGAAUCCAGUCUACCCGUUACCAGCAUAGAGCCCUGUGUCAUAUGUCAGAGCAGACCUAAAAAUGGCUGCAUAGUGCAUGGCAAAACGGGACACCUCAUGUCGUGCUUUACGUGCGCAAGAAAGCUUAAGAAGAGGAACAAACCCUGCCCGGUGUGCCGGCAGCCCAUACAAAUGAUCGUACUAACUUAUUUUAGCUAGGUGGGUGGUGACUGGAAAGCAGUGGAUGGAACUUCAUAAACUGGUUAAGAGAAUAAGAAACUAUUUUUGUAUGCUUAUUGGGGAAACUAAUAUUUUGGCUCUCUCUGCGAUUGGUAUGAGAAGUAAUUGCUGAAGUAAAUGCACUGGAGUUGUUAAGAGGUUAGCCUAAUAUUCCUAAGUCAGCUCAAAGGUUUUAAGUCCCGCUCAAUAGGACUAACCAAUUCUGGCAAACUGCCUGCCUUUCCAAGUGUUUCGCGUUCCAUACAAGCUAGUACCGUUGGCUUUGCUGGACUAAAUACAUUAAAAACCUGAAUUCAGUGAUUACGAAAGACAUGCUGAAGAGCUCCUCAAUGUGAGUUCCUCCUCUUAAAAAGAUGCUCCAGAUUCCAGUAUCUGUUGCCUGGUGAAGACACCAGGCUCAGUCGGAACCCUCUGAAUAAGUCAAUAAAAUAAAUAACUAGAAUCUUGUCUCCCUCAUUCCCAAAACUUAAAUUCCUCCAAGUAACCAAAUGAUGGGGGAGAUCUUACCUGGAAGUGGGGGAAGAUGCAAUAGAAAAUCAUGUAAGGUUUUGGAAAUAUAAAGGGGUACUGCCUGUCUCUGAUUUUUGUAGUGUGUGUAGCAAACUGCAGGGCUGUGUGCGUCCUGCCUGAGAGGUCGCUGAUCCAAGUUCAGUCUUAGGGUUGUCUCUGAAACAUCCUGAGAAACCGGCUUUUAAAAUGCUUUGUGGGUUUGGAGGUCUGUACUGUCCUGGCGGUUGUUUUCAGCAGUGCGAGAAAGGGCUGGAAGGGGCCAGGUAAAUGAAGGAGAUGCCAUGUAAUGUCGAGUCAGGCCGUAUUAGGGGACAUUCUUACUCUUUUUCUACACUCAUUUUUGGUUUCAGCGGUGUAGCAUGCUGCUUGAUCACUACAUUCACUUGAAUAAAAAUAGUAAGGCAAAAAAAGUCCACCUUCAUCUGCAGAAACAAAUACACUGUGCCGUUCUAGUUCACAAAGGCGUUCUUUAAAUUCUGUAGUCUUUCCAACUUAAGCUGGUUUUUAUCCGUAUCACAAGAAUUCUGAAAAAUCUGUUGCAAGGUGUUUGGCCAACUGGAAACUGGUCUCGUUGGGCCUGUCCUUUACUGCUUUUAGCCCUGGUCUCCUCGCUGUGCUUUGCCAAAAACUGUGUGCAACUUACCAGUGCCUUUAUUAAGGCGUCUGUGCAGUGACUCAGUUCUAUGGUGCCUUCAGAGUAGGUAACACGAGUAUAUCUCCACAAGUUGAGGUACCUUCAGGGCGUAGUUAGACUGCUUGUCUGAGCUGUUUUUCAGAUGGAGAGUUUCUGUACUAGCGAGGUGUUUAUUUCUUUGGAAAACUAGGUUACAAGAGGAAUUGUACGUUUUUAGCACCUUUUAGUUUUACAGGUAGUUGCUGAUAGUCUGCCCCAUAGGGAGUAGCAAAUAGGUCGUUUCGGCAUGGGGGAGCACCAAGAAGGGAGACGUAGCCUAAAUGCAGGAAUUGUGCUGCAUGACCGUCCCGCAGGCCGCAGCUAAACGUCUCGCUUCGCCACCGGUGUGGAACCGCUGAUGCCUGUGUGGUAGCACAGACUUAUCCUGCUGUAAUUGCCUUCAUGUCAGAGCUGAAAUAGUUACUGUAGUAUAAAGUGGCUGUAAACCAGGGCUGCAAAGGCCGGGAUACAGGGAGGUGCCUUGGAAAAGGGCAUAAAGCUGUACGGGAGAGGCUCAGCAACGCCUUGGCUGUUACUCGCCUGCAGAGAAAUACCUUCAUAGGUUAAGAGUGAAUUACCAGGUUCAGUCAUGAUGUGUUCAUACAUUUGAGCUGAUUUUUGAAAAGUACUACUAAAAGAUACUGACAUCCCUGAGGUUUUACCAUAACUUACUUUAACCAGACAAAAUGUAAAACCCAGUUGUGUAUCUUUCUUCAAAUUCUUAGAUGCAACAGCAGGUAGCUGGAAGCUCCUUGAAGGUCUGUGGUCAGCCGUAACCUUUCGUGGGGUUUUAUAACCCUUCAGACCAAGAUGGAAGUCCUGUGGGGCAGAUACAUACACUUUUCAAGCAGGGAUGCUUCUAAAAGCCAGUUACCUGCCUUAAUCUACAAUGCUUCUUUUUCUUAAGUUUUGAUUUUUCAGCGCAAUAAUCUCUUUGCAGUCACAGAGAUAGCGGUGUAGCUGCAGUCGGUGGGGGAGCCGCUGCUCCUACCUGGUUCCUGCUGGGACGGAUUGUACCAUCCCGCUCUUGGUGUUCUCAUCCGCUCCCCUUUGGCAAUCUCUAUAUUUAAAAACAAAACCAAAAAAAUAUUCCACUCUCAAAAAGGCGCAUGUGGUCAGAGCGAUGGCCCUUGCUGUUCGCAGCCACUCAGCUUUGGGAUUUUUCUUCAAAAAACCCGAUUUUGUCUCUUAUUAAUGUUUUAUGCUUUGGCAAAAGAUGAAGUGAGAGCAGAGAGAGUAAUGAAUUUUCCCUUUUAUGAUCUAAAGUUUUACUUCCCUGGCAUGCCUUCUGUUGGGGAGGGCAGCCUUGGGAAGUACAUGGUGCUGAGGAAAUGGAGAGGUUUGAUUUCUGCAGCUGUGGCCAAACUCCUGUGUCAGAGCCUUUUUUUUUUUUUUUUUUUAAUUCUACUGGUCUGAGUUUUAAUAUUACUCUUAAUUUCUAGUAAAACCAUAGGGCGUUAUGUUUGUGGGGUUUUUUUGCCCCAAGGCACGCCUUACGGAUAAGGGAGGGAUGAGUAUCGGUGUCCAUCCCAGCUCCUAUGGGAGGCGCUGGCAGGCCAGUGCGCGCGUGGGGUUUGGUGGGUGCCUCUGUGGUGUCGCGGCCCCGGCACUGGGUCCCCAAGGCUGAAGCUUGGGUCUGCCCCUGCGCCGUCCCCCCGACCCACGCUCCUUGUGCGCGCGUGAGCGUUGCCAGCCCUGUGCUUAUCAUCCUGUUCCCUCUGGCCUGUAAAUAUGUUUCUGGCCUUGGGCAGCAGCACAGAAGUCAGCAAAACUUUUAGAGCAGAAGUUGACAAUUGGUCUUACUUGAUGAGCUCUUUGAGAUCCUUAUUUAAUAGCAUACGCGUUUUAAUCUUUAAUUUAUUGCAGUUUGUAAAUAUUCUUGUGCUUACAGUGAGUGUCUUGAGCUUUAAUUUAUUGAAUUAGUCUGUAGGUACGUGCGUAGAUAGGUGAAUGUGCAUACUUGGAAAAUCACAGCUGCAAAAAGAUUUAAGAAAUUGUAGCAUUAAAAUGAAGAUGAAUAUUCAGGUUACUUUCAGACAAGGGGCACAGGAAGAUUUAUGGCUUUGUUCCUUUUUUCCUUCCCUUAAAAUAACUUCUGCAUUGAACCUGAACGACACUCAUUAAAUAGAGGUGGAGGCUGACGCAGCGUCAGCGGAGUGAAAGCGUUUUGCUGGUGUUUGAUUUCCUUUGGAAUGCUUUGGCACCUCCGAGAACAGCCAAGUGGCUGCUCCGGGGAGCUGGUGGGCGGGAGGUGAUGGUCUGGAAGAUGCAGGGAGGUGGUGAGGGGUUUCAGAGUUAACUUGCAAUGGAUGGUAAUGGCUUUUGCCUUUGAACAUGCAACCAAGGAAGCCAUGGGGAUGAGGGCCAGACGCGGACAAAGUGUGACGGUGCACAUUUUCAAGAAUUGUCUUGGCCUGUUCCUUCGCGCACUUCAGGCAGACAAUAGUUUCCUAGAAAUGCUACAAGAACUCACCUGGUCAUCUUCACAAAGUACAGUAAACCUACUUAAUAUGAUUUUUUUUUUUCACUAUGUGUUGCUAUUUAUCAGUAUUGAAAUUCAACUCUUGACCCAAGGAGGCAAAGAGCAAAGUGAAAUGCUCGAGGCAGGUGGUGAAUGGGCUUUGUUUCAGUGUCUGUGACGUUUCUGAAAAAGGCUAGAAGCGGUGGGUAUUAAAAUACUUGAUAUAUUUUAAUACUUUUAAUACUGUAUCUUUGUGUAAGAUUUAUUAGUUAUGAAGCCUGCUGCUGUUAUCCUUCAAAAAACUUGCACAGCUGAAACAGAAGUAACUGGAUUGCUGAUAAUGUUGAACUCUUAUGCCGCAAAGGUUAGGCUUUUUGUUGAGCAGCACCCCUGGAACGUUCGUUGUUGGCAUUGCUAACGGGCGCGCUGGAGGAAGCACGUGCCGAUGCCGUACGGUGCAGGAGGCUGCUGGUGGGUUGAUUCAGAAAGGGUGAAAGUGCUGCAAAGGUUUAAUUGAUGAGAAGCGUUGCCUUUGUUCUAACAGUGUGGUCCAACUUUCUCGCCGAGUUCUGUUGGGUGUACAUUUGUUUAAAUGUCGCUGCCUCUGAAAGGUCUGUCUUGGUGCGAAGCCACGUGCAAGGCUUCAGGCGGGUUUUUCCCCUAAAAAAGAGUAACAUGAGGAAAAAACAAUUCCUCGUUCUUACAGAAAGUGUCAACAAGGAUAAUUGUUUCUAAAAACUGUUCUGACAAAAGAGAGAUGAAAAUGAUUAGAAGCGUCUUGAAACUGAAUAAAGCGAAAUGAAUAAAUAGGUUUAAUAUAGGGGUGAAGAAAUUCCCUGUCUUAAUCUAAAGCCGCUAUUGCGUUAGGGCGUAACUUUAGAAGUAGGGUUUAUAAUUCUAAAGCAGUUAAUUCAGGCAGCAUGUUAACCUGCCCCACGCGUGGUGGGGCAGCAGCCAUUCCAGGAAGGUGCAACAUCUCGUUGUGCAAUGCUUGGCCUACAAAGGGGCAUUUGCAGGUGUGGCGCUUCCCUGCAGGGAAGAGCUUUGAGCACUUGCAGAGGGCUCGUGGACGGGCAGCGUUAAUACCAGGCCUGAGCUCAGGACUGGUGGAUGGGCAACGUUUGUGUCAGGCCUGAGCUCUGUCGGCCACUCUUCAUUACUGAUGGUGCCGGCGGGCUUUGACUGUGCGUAGGGUGACCUGUGCUGCACGCCCCGUGUUGUCGUACCUCCAGCCUGCGUAGGCCAGCACCCUCCUGGCCGUCAGGCCUGUCUGCGCCGGGGGUUACCUGCCCGACUCACCCGACUUUUCCAGCGUGUCCGUACCGGAGUCAGCAUCUUGUCUUGGGUUACUUCUUGUUUAAAGGUUGCACAAGCAAUGUAAAGCAAAAAAAUCCCCAGAAACCUGGGCUUAUGGGAUCUUCUAGCAAUGGAUUGCACUUACUGAUCAUGGAAAAUUGUUGCUUUUAACUAAUGUGUGCUGGUUUUGUUUGGUUUGGUUUUUUUUAAGUUUAGCACAGAUGCACUGAAAGCUUCAAGUGAAUGCCUCUCUGUAGUACAUUAUAUAUAUAUAUUCAACAUGUAAAAUUUAUUGGUGAUACAUAAGGUAGUGUCUCCCCUUCUGAGUAGAUGUUGUUUUAACUUAACAGCCUGACUUUUAAAGGACAGCUCGUUUUCAAGCUAAAUAGCCGUCAACACGACAAUUACGUACCUAAAGUACCCCAGAGCUUUUCCAGGAGCAGCCUUACUUUGCUCUGGGACUGCACGUAGUUGGAAGAACUGUUAAGCAGACUGGUUCAUAGGGAAUUCAAACACCUAUGCAAUUUUGCCACUACUCCUUGAUGGACACGCUUUCAGGACCUUGCCAUGGCACGUACCCUUUAGCUAAUCAGCACUCCCCCUGCCACAGCAGGUAACCAUUAAAAGACAGAUGUCUGCUCAAAUUGCACAGAGUAUGGAUCCACUUAUGAUGAGAAUUUUCAUGUGUAUUGAGUUUGUCUUCUGGUGUUAAGUUUUUCCUUUUCUGAGGAAACUAAAUACUAUGUUGCAUUUAAAAAGCUUUAAAUAAAGACUUGUUUAUAUACUC